AUGCAACAGCAACAACAGCAACGUCGAAUGUUCACAGCUGCCAUCCUGGCACUUGUUUUCAUUCUGGCAGCUGUGAGUACCACAGAGGCUGGCAAAAAAGAGAAACCAGAGAAAAAGGCAAAGAAGUCUGACUGUGGGGAAUGGCAGUGGAGUGUCUGUGUGCCCACCAAUGGUGACUGUGGCCUGGGGACACGUGAGGGCACUCGCACUGGAGCUGAAUGCAAACAAACCACCAAGACUCAGAAGUGUAAGAUCCCCUGCAAUUGGAAGAAGCAAUUUGGAGCAGAGUGCAAAUACCAGUUCCAGGCCUGGGGAGAGUGUGACCUGAAUACUGCCUUGAAGACUAGAACCGGGAACUUAAAGAGAGCCCUUCAUAAUGCUGACUGCCAGAAGACUGUCACAAUCUCAAAGCCCUGUGGGAAGCUUACCAAACCCAAACCUCAAG